AUGACACUCAUUGCCAAUGACCUUGUACCAAUCCAGUCAUACAAGACGAACGUUUUGAACCUGACUGCGAUUCCCCAGAAUGCCUGCUCGGAGAAUGCGAACCCAACCAACGCCAUGGGAAUCAUAUACUAUGGUGACUCGCCUUUAACACCUACCACCACUGGCUGCAGCUAUAUCAACAGCUUUGUUGAUGAGAACAUGUCGAAUUUAACCCCGAUUGUCUCCGAAACCGUGUUUGAUCUUUUCUAUAACAAUUCCGAGCCAGUGUCGCUAGGUAAGAAUGGAGAUAGUCUGUACCGGUGGAAGCUUAAUUCAACAUCGAUACAUAUUGAUCGGACGGACCCAAUGCUUUUGGAGGUCUAUCGGGGUCACCACAGCUGGGCAAAUGCUAGUGGUGUUGUUGAGCUCUCCCGCAAGAAUGUGUGGAUCUAUGUUGUCAUCGAAACAUCGAUGUCGGUCCCGCAUCCAAUUCAUCUUCAUGGCCACGAUUUCGUGGUGCUCGCUCGCGGAAGUGGGACUUAUACUGGGAACGUCACUACACCUGCCACUCCGCCGAGUCAUGACACGGCUAUGCUGCCUGAGAAUGGAUACUGGGUCAUUGCACUCAAAACCGACAAUCUGGGUGCUUGGCUGAUGCCUUGUCAUAUUGGAUGGCACACUGGAAGGGGCAAUCCAGCUUGUGGAACAAUACAAUGA